UUGUUGACCGUUUGAUGUUCCUGUCAGUUAUUUAUGAUAAAUAAUAUCUGGUCCACAGGUUGCAGUUCCCCACGCAAUGCUUUUUAUUUAUAUGUAGGACUUGUCCUCGUCUUUAUGUUGCCGUAUUUAUCAAUGGAUCGGUUCAUGCUCGAAAUUUACUCUAAAGAAUUUGCAGAAUUUAGGAAACUAAUUUUCUUGAUAACGCAACGUUCUUCAUGAUAAAAUGCGCCUACAGUUUGCUCUUCUAUAAGGAAACAAGAAUAUUUUAUACUAUACUAUUAUGGCUAAUCAGUCGUACGUGUCUUGUAUUAAAAUCAAUGGUGUGCCCAUUCUUCCACCUUUGAUGACUGAUAAUAUUAGAGCAGAGAUGAACUACUACAAACAAUUAGCGUUAGCAGUGGAAGAAAAGUUGAAAAUAUUGCAAAAUACUAGGCCAAUUGCACCAUUAGAACAUGAACAAUCAGAAGAAAACAUUCAAGACAAAACAUCCAAGACAAUAUCCUGCGAAUCCACGACGUAUGAUUCGUUAAAUUCAGAAGUUGAAAGUCCGUCCUUUGACAGCACAACAAAUACGAAAAGUAUAAUUGAUAUCCCAACGAGAGAAAAGGAAUUACUCAUUAAGAGUAACUCUGAAGACAGACCUACUAAUGCAACAGAACUUGUAAUAGAAAAGAUGGUACAACAGCAAAAAUUUGUUUCAGAUGAUGAAAAUCAUUAUCAAACAGGAUCACAAUUAGGCCGUUGUGCGAGUGUCGAUACAACUACUGGUAGCACAGAUUUAAAUCAAUAUCUAAAUGAAUCGACAUCGACUAGGUCCACUACAUCUGAAACUACUCCAGAAACUUGGAAACCUCAAGUGCCUAAAACAUUGGACAUUGUUCCAAUUGUUGUAGACUGCCCUAUUUUGGAGUCAAAUGGAAAUCAAUCAGACUGUAGCAAAAAACUAACGCUGGGAAAGUGUGGUCCUAUUGAUGAAACACCAAAGUUAAUACGUCAAGGAUCAUAUGUAUUAGAAACACCGAGUCCAGUACUUCUGGCUCACAUGCAAUCAGAAUUGGUUGACUCAAAUUAUGUACCCUCCACCACAAUUGGAGCCGGGACAAAAAGAAAAGAAUGGAACAUCACUCAAGCAAAGACUGAUUGGGAGCUUAGGAACAAAGAACUUGUCAUGCCACGGACUAACAGGGCUAUGUCUGAAUCUAGUUCAAGAAGAAGUAUAGGGUCAUCCAAUGGUCACAGAGGAUACAAAUCAAUGACUUACUCGAGAAAGGUAUCAUUAGGAUCUCGUCAUAAUGCAAAAUCCGUGGACUGUUUACAAGCUAUACUUGCUAAGGAGUGUGUUUCCAGACAUGCUAAUAAUAGAGAGUAUAGUCAUAAUGAGAGAUGUGAUUCAAAUGCGAAUAGUUUUCCAAAAUGUUAUGGAAUGCCAAGGUGGAAAAGCAACAGGAAUGUGUCGAUAUUAAACCUAGCAAAUAAAUUAGGAGGAUCGCUAGGUAGUCUUGACAAUGUUGGAACUCAAAAUUAUAGGUGCAUCGAGAGUAGGAAUGGUGAUGGUAUUUCUCCCAAUGGGAAUCUCGUUUGGGACGAACCAAAGAAUGUACAACAAAUCUCACAGCAAGCACAAAAACCAGCGAUGUCCGAAAAAAUUCUUAAAGUCUUCCGGGAGAUUCGUGGCACUCACGAGAGUCAAAUGAUGGAGCUUAUGGCCCGACAACGAAAGGAACAAAGUAAUAUGCAAUUGGAAUUUGAGAAGCAACAAAUAUUACUGCUGGAUCGAAUUAAAAAAACUUUUCCAGAAAUUUCUAUAGCUGCAUUGGUAGAUAGUAUCACAGAUGAUAUUAUAAAGAAGUCUACUCCUUCAAAUGGAAAGACUUCUGUUGGUAUUAGCCCAAAUGAUUUACCAAGUCAGAUUGAACCAUCUAACGAUUCACUGCCAAAUUCGAGAAUUUCAAGUGAGCCAUGGUGCCUAAAUCCCAAUGACCGUUCUGACUUGAAGUGUCCGUUAAAUUAUAUUUAUCCAGUGUGCAGUCCCAAUCGAAUAGAAGCAUGUAAAAGUGUCAGUGAUUACAACAUUCGGAGCUGUGAAAGAGAAACUGCCAUAUCUGUGAAUGAGCCAACGAAACAGACGGUUCAACGAUACGACUCAGACGUUACUGCAAUAGAAACGAAGAAAAUUUGUACAACGGAUCGUAGGCAGUCUAGCGUAAGCAGACAAUUAUUUCCUUUAGACUGUAGGACGAUGCAUGUUCCUGUGCUGGACAAUUCCCUGUAUUCCAACAAACACAUACAUGCAGCUACUAUAAUAAAUGCUUACGCUAGAGGGUACUUGGUGCGCAGAAUGAUGAAGACUGAAAAAGUUGUAACAUUGAAGAAUACUUUCCGAGAAACUCUACACUUUAUGUUGAGACUUCAUGUGGAUGCGCCUCUUAACUUGCCUGAAUAUAAUUUCCUUAAACGAUUGAAAUUGCAAUGUGAUGCAGUCUCAAUGAAUAUAGCUGAAUUAUUCAGCCAGAACUCUAUGGAAAGAAUGCAAAUUAUAGCCCAAGAUCGUGAAAUCAAGAAGUCUCGUGCAGAGCGCCCCAGUUCAGCCAGAUCUUAUUCCUUCGCCACUCAACGGACUCUUGCACGGAAGAAACUGAAGGAAAUGGGACAAAGUCAAACAUCGAAUUGCAGUAGAUCGAGCACCAUGAGGACCAGAUGUCAAACGUGGACUUCAAACAUAAAGGAAAAACGCUCACCAAGUAUUUUGUAUCAGGGCAUAAAACGCAGUACCAGUGCGGGAACUGUUCGUAAGCCAUGGCGAUAAAAUGAUGAAUACAUUUGUCAGUGCCUUCGUAUUUUAAUCUAAGUCAGUCGUUUGUACAAAUUUUGACACAUGCGUACUCCCACCUAGUGCCUAAAACAUCGGGUUCUUUUGAGGCUUUAUUUAAAAAAUAUUUAACAUUAUUUAUUCCAAAAUGCAUGAAUGCAUCGCUGUGAUACGUACAUUUACAUUCUUUGAUAUAAUUAUAUUUAAGUUUUAUUGUUCAAUAUGAAUAUGCAGCGUCGAAAA